CCAACGCUGCGGAAACCUUUGUACCUGUGAUGUCAAAUCCAGUGGCUCCGCAGCCUCCUGCCCUGCAUUUUGCACCGUGGUGUCCCCGGGCAGAGCUCAGAGAUGUUCUCCGAACCCCAACCCUUUGCUUUGACGUUUCCAGCUCUCGCCUUUGAGAGCUUAGCACCGGUGUCUGGGAACGCUAAUACCCAGCAGCUAAGUCACACCAAGUAGACUGGGCUUUCUGUCUAAACAGAGAAAAAAGGAAAAUAGCUUCAAGUGUUUUCACACUUAGAACUGAGAGGGGAAAAAAAAAAAAAUCUCCUUUUUAGAACGCUUCACCAGUACAGUAUUGGGACUGUCUAUUUAACUGCAGCAUCUUGCAGUUGUGCCGUUUCUUAGCACGUAACAAUUCGUUGUUGCUUUUCUUUUUCUGCUCAUUUUGAGGAGAGGCAAUGGAACAAGGAUUACGAGACUGCUGUAGAUCCAUCCGCAUCGGAAAAAUCCUGAUCCAGAGCGACGAGGAGACGCAACGAGCGAAAGUGUACUACGCAAAGUUCCCCCCAGACAUCUACAGGAGGAAGGUUCUUCUCAUGUACCCAAUCCUGAGUACUGGUAAUACUGUCAUUGAGGCUGUCAAAGUUCUCGUAGAACACGGCGUACAACCCAGCGUCAUUAUCCUGCUGAGCCUGUUCUCCACACCGCACG